GUCUUCGCAAAGCCCUCUCGUCCUACUUAUAACGCCCUAAUCAUUCAUCAUCAUGGACGAGCCCCUAGAUUGGGAUUCGAUUAUCUUCCCUCCUGUCAAUCCUGACUAUUAUUUCGAUCAAUUUCCUGAGCGUUUAGACGCGCUCCACAAGUUCACCCCGAGCGGCGUAGACCCUGAUACCAUUUUUACUACCCUCCCCAGACAAUUCAAUACUAUUACGAUACCACUGCAGGACGAGGAGGCUUUCUUUUUCGAUGUAAUCGAUGUCGGCCGGAUGUCUGAGGACGGAGCUGACUUUUUCCGCCGGCUCGGGGAGCGGCGGGAGGAGAGGCUGAAAGAGCUGCACGAGCUCUGGAAGGAAGCGCUGGACUUCUCCAGAACGUUUAAGAAAUUCCGCAUCGAUAAGGAUUGGCAGUCUUAUUGUGAUAUCGGAUAUUAGUGUCUUCCGCCAAC